CUGCGGUCAAGGUCUCGAACAAUUAGAUCUUCCCGUGUAACUUUUCUGUGCUCCCCCGGGAUCCCUUUGAGGGAAUGUCGGUGAAACCCACCGCGGUUGUCCCUGUGGCCCUGUGCGAGUGUUGUGCCAAAAUAUGCGCUAGCAUCCUUCACGUGCGUUCGCAGCGUUCCCAGUAACGCACUCGUCGAAUUGGAUAAUUGAAAUCUUCGCGCUUCACCGCGAUCCGUCGAAACCCUGGUUUUGUUUUUAAGUUGUUAUCUAUACCCCAGUGCUAGUUCGGCUUCUAAUCAGUGUUUGGAACAGGACACGUUUACCCAAAGGAGCAUAAAGUGCUAGGCAAAAAUCCACGGGGGCGAGUGUGAGUAAUAAUGGGGGUAGGUUACAAUGCCCAACUCAUGCUCGUUGGCCUACUAUUUACUGUAAAUUUGGUUUCGGGAGUGGGUAGCGCGAACGACAUCUGGCCGCUGGAGCGGCCAGACGGCAUGCCGGUGAUCCAGUCUCUGGAGGUGAUGUGCGGGAAGGACCACAUGGACGUCCACCUCCAGUUCACGCAGCCGUUCGAGGGGAUCGUCAGCUCGAAGGGACAGUACGGGGACCCGCGCUGCGUCUACGUCCCGCCCUCCUCCGGGAAGACGUUCUUCUCCUUCCGGAUAGCCUACGCCCGGUGCGGGACCAAGCCCGACCUCAACGGCCAGUUCUACGAGAACACCGUCGUCAUCCAGUACGAUAAGGAUCUCCUCGAGGUCUGGGACGAGGCCAAGCGGCUCCGCUGCGAGUGGUACAACGACUACGAGAAGACUGCCUCCAAGCCGCCUAUGGUCAUCGCCGAUCUUGACGUCAUCCAGCUCGACUUCAGAGGGGAUAAUGUCGAUUGCUGGAUGGAAAUACAACAUGGGAAAGGUCCAUGGGCCCCUCCUGUGAGUGGAAUCGUACCGUUGGGCUCUACUCUCACGCUAGUCGUAGCUAUUAAUGAUUACCGAGGGGAGUUCGACAUGCGCGUCAAGUCCUGCGCGGCCUCGGACGGGGGCGGUCACGUGAUCGAGCUGAGCGACGAGCACGGCUGCGUCCUGCGCCCGAAGAUGAUCUCGCGGUUCCUGAAGGCCCGCAUCAACGACGAGCGGGCCUCGGUCAUCACGUACGCCUUCUUCCACGCCUUCAAGUUCCCGGACGCCCUCUCGGUGCACAUCAAGUGCAAGGUGGAGAUCUGCCGCCACGGGUGCCUUGACCACUGCCAGCUCCCCGGGGCCGGGACCGGCGCCGCCGAGCACGGGCCGCCCAACCCCCAGUUCAGCAUCGACCACUCCCUCUACGGACCCUUGGACAGGAAAGACUCCGUCGGGGCCACCGGGGGUAGCUCCGUCACGCCGGCGCCGCAACCUCCUUCUGUCACACAGACUUCAAAACCGCCGAUCAAGGUGGACCUGGACCCGGACAACUCGGCGUCCCCGUCUUCGGACUCGGGAUCCCUGGGAUCCCUGGGCGACCUCAUCUACGACGAGAUGGUGAACGUGGGCGCGGAGAACGACAACGCGCAGGAGGAGUACCCGUUCAAGGAUGCGCAGGCCCAGGCGCAGCAGCAGAAGGCCGAGACCCGCCCGCGACCCAACGAGGCCCCGCGGCCCAGCGCCGAGGCCCACACCAAGCCCGAAUCCGAGGCCCAGGCCAGGCCCUCCGAGAAUGAUGCCGCCUCCCAUUGGCCCUACCAUGACGGAGCGCCGCCCCGACAGAGCACCCGCGACGCCCAAGAGCGCUUCCCGCACGGCCCCCGGACGUUCGACGCGGACUCGGAGCCUCUGACCGGGCACUCGCUGGGCGCCGGCGCCCACCACCGCCGGCGGCGCUCGGUGGUCGUCUCCGACCGGAAGGCGCGCAACGCCGACGUGGGCGUCUCCGGCCUCUACGAGGUCAUCUCCGAGGCCGACCUCGCCUUCACGCCCGACUCCAAGGCCGAGGCCGUCACCGUCUUCCAGGGCCGCAUCCGCGAGGACAUCGUCUACGGGAUCUGCCUCCCGGUGCCCAGCUUCAGCGCCCUCUUCAUGCUCGUCUCCGUCUCGGCCGUCGCGUCGGCCCUCAUCGCGGGCUCCCUCCUCUACCGCUACCAGGUCGCCCGCGAGGCCCAGCGCAUCGUCGCCGCCCAGCGCCUCCGGGCGCCCCCCGCCCCCGCCCCCGCGCCCGCCAGCGCCGCCCACUCGCCCGGCCUCAUGAUGACGUCGCUCGCCAACCUCAUGUCCUUCAGGAUAAACCGCCCCAGGAUACAGUCGAGUCGGACGCCCUCGAGGCCCAGCUCCGCCGCCACCAGGUGCGGCUGACGCUUGUGAUUACAACCCCCUCCCCAUCAGUUGAUUCAAUUUGUUCUCCUUUGAGCAGAGACACUGGCGAAUCUUGCAAGUUGGCACACUGCUUUUCACCCGUUUAAACCUAUAGCAUUGGCGAAUCCAGCAAAUCGGCAACAUUUUCUUUUCUUCCUUUAAACCUAUACUGAAAAAAUAAUAUGCUGUUUUAGCAUCUAGGAUGUCAAAAAUGUGUCCAGUAAUCCCAAGAUGCUACCUUUACUGCCCCAGCAGUUAAUUUUACAUCCUGUGAGUGCAAAUUCAAUUGCGUGGGCAAUCAAAGCAGCAUCUCAGGAUCACCAGACACAUUUCUGAAAUCCUAGUGCUAAAACAGCAUAUCAUUUUUUUCAGUGUA